CGAAAUUUUCUUUCCUCCAAACACAAUUUCUCUCUCUUCAAUUAUCAUUUUGUCUUUCUUUUCAUAAUGAUAUGGUAACUUGGAAAAUAGCAGGGAAAAAGAUCGGUGCAGUAAAGCACCAGGUGCGAAGAAUGAUGAUAAAUCUGUUCCUGGGAGUGAAAAUCAGGAAUCUCCUGCCAGAAAGCCAAAAUUGUUUUGCUGUAGAAAGGACCCUGAUUACAGUGGAGAUGUUAAUGAAAAGCAGUCUCCAAGUUCAUUGCUGGCCCAGGAGGUUGAUAAUAAGAUCAAUGCAGGACAGGCAUGCUAAUAGAUUUUGUGAAUUUCUCUGGAAUCCGUCAAGUUUUCACCUUUUGCUUCAAGGAAUUUUGACACCGGGACCUGGUUCGCUUGGUGCUGGGGUGCGCCUGGUUUAUUUGAAGUUCGGUGAAGGUGGUGGCUCUGAAUUACGGCUGGAUUGUGGGUUUGAUGAGGAUAUGGGUUUAUGGUCGGAGAGAGUGGCUAAUGAAGGAUUUAAAGGAAAGAAAAGGUGGCGGCUAGGUUUGGUAUAUAGAGGAACAAGAUGGGUGAAAGAAGAUGACUAUGUUUUUUUUAAUUAA